AUGCACAGAACUUAUUCUUUGAGAAAUUCGAGAGCACCAACUGCGUCUCAAUUACAAUCUCCACCACCACCACCAUCAACCACUAAAUCUAAAUUUUUUGGUAAAGCGUCUGUUGCGACCUCCUUUAGAAAGAAUGCUGCUGGUAAUUUUGGCCCUGAAUUAGCCCGGAAGCUAUCACAGUUGGUGACCACAGAAAAGGGUGUUUUGAGAUCACUUGAAGUGGUUUCUAAUGAGCGUCGCGCAGCUGCAAGGCAACUCUCUUUAUGGGGUGCCGAUAAUGAUGAGGACGUUUCGGACGUUACCGAUAAGUUGGGUGUCUUGAUUUACGAAUUGGGUGAAUUGCAAGACCAAUUCAUCGAUAAGUACGAUCAAUAUCGUAUUACUUUGAAAUCGGUCAGGAACAUCGAAGCCUCAGUUCAACCUUCAAGAGACCGUAAGGAGAAGAUCACCAAUGAAAUCGCUCACUUGAAGUACAAAGAUCCUCAGUCUCCAAAGGUUCCCGUAUUGGAGCAAGAGUUGGUUCGUGCCGAGGCUGAGUCUUUGGUGGCUGAAGCUCAGUUGUCUAAUAUUACGAGGGAAAAAUUGAAAGCUGCCUUUAACUAUCAGUUUGAUUCUAUCAGAGAGCUUGCUGAAAAAUUCGCCUUAAUUGCCGGCUAUGGAAAAGCUCUGUUGGAGUUGCUAGAUGAUUCUCCAUUAACGCCAGGCGAGGCAAGACCAGCUUACGAUGGUUAUGAGGCUUCAAGACAAAUUAUCAUAGAUGCCGAGAUUGCUCUGGAAUCAUGGACUUUGGAAGUCGCAGCUGUCAAGCCUACUUUAUCCUUCCAUCAAACUGUUGCUGACGUUUAUGAUGAGCUUGAUGACGAAGAUCAAUGGGCAGGCGAACACGAUGGUACUGAACCUGAAGUUGAAGAAGCCGAAGUUGUUGAAACUGUCGAACCUACUGCUUAG